AUGGCGGAUCACGGCCGUCCUAAUCAGCAGGGUGAUUCGUACAAGGAGCAUCUGCAUGUCUCGCCGGAGGAGCCAAAGCAGCACCACCCUUCAGAACUCCCUUCUGAAGUUGCAGCAGUCUCACCUGCUGCUCUAAAGGGUAGAUAUGCUAGGAGUCGAGCAGUUGGGGAUUCCAAGGAAAAGAGUACCCAAUGGAAUAGGAGCCGAGUCGGUUGGGCUUCCGAAGAAAGGAGUACUCCUGAAGGUGUCAACAUGGAGGAGCAUGCUUGGAAGUUUCGGUUCACUUUUCCCCAACCACCGAGAAAGUAUGGUGGCCCGGGUUUCGUUCACGGACGUUCAGUUUUACCGAGGCAGAAGAAACCUUCAGAGGUGAGGAAUGCACUCCGCGAAAAAAGAAUCAUGGCCAGACAAAAGGUUGCACGUUACCAUGCCGAGGUAGCCCUGCAUAAAUACAACACAGCAAACAACACAAAGUUUGAACUGGUGGAGAUACGAGUAAUCCGUUUAUUUUUUGAGUUUGGAGGUGGCUGUAUCCAUUAUAACUUCACAGCUAAGUCUGGGGAUCAUCAUAUUGAUGAUGACAGCAGUACCAAGCUAUUCUUCUCUGAAGUUAACGCCAGCUUUCAGAAUGAAAAUGAUGUAGUCUUGUGCUGUAUAGUUGGGGGAAAUGAUGCAGGGCAUUGCUACGGUUGUGAAGGUCACCAGCCAGUUGUUGUUCACCCUAGCAGCCAAGCUUACGGUGGGGGCAGUAGUACUUGCAUCAAUUUUCCCGGUUCGGACGGCAGCUCAGAUAGUGAUUAG